AUGAGCGACGAAUACGCAAACUCCGGCUUCAAGGGCUCUCUCGCCGACAACACUGCGGGAGACAGCAUCCCUCGUAACAAUGACAAGCUCAGCAACUCAGACUUUGACACGCAGAACUACCCGCCCAAAGACGACACGACGUCCUCCGGCGGCUACCGCAGCGGACCACCCGAAGAGCAACCCACGCUCAUCGACCAGUCUCCCUCGGGCGGCCCCAUCGGCAACGAGCUCGGUGACGCGCGUCAAGGACGCGAUAGUGGCGCCGCGCGGGCGCAGUUGCGCGAGGGCGAGUUGAACCCGUACGGAGGAGACAGCCUCGAGUCGCGCGGUGAGGCUGAGCAGCGCUUAGCUUCGGAUUACCGCGAUAGGCGUGGGGAUCAGUACGAGAGCAGUGCGGCGCGCGGGAACGAUGGAGAUGUUGGCGCCUGA